UCACUUUUAAAUGGCAAAGUGGAAAGUGGAAAAAGAGCGGGAAGUCGGUACAGCUAAUUAAGCUUCCAUCAUUGCCUUCGUUGUUACUCUCUCUCUCUCCCUCUUCUCGAGAUCUGAAAUUUCCUUUUGAAUCUUCGUUUUGAGGAAGAGCCUUCGUUCGACUUUGUUAGAAUUUUUAUCAUUUCAGCUUGCAACUAUGCCUCCACUUACUGAGACUCUAAUUAAAGCUCCCAUCUCUCGUCAACCUUCACAUCUACCUCUUAAUGAAAGGACACUUUCAUCCUUGUCCAGGAGAUCAGUUGCUGCGCAUCCUUGGCAUGAUCUUCAGAUAGGGCCGGAUGCUCCAACGGUUUUCAACUGUGUGAUUGAAAUCAGUAAGGGGAGUAAGGUGAAGUAUGAACUUGACAAAGAGACUGGACUGAUCAUGGUUGACCGUGUGCUUUACUCAUCUGUUGUGUACCCUCACAACUAUGGCUUUAUUCCCCGUACUCUAUGUGAAGACAGUGACCCCAUGGAUGUCUUGGUUAUCAUGCAGGAACCAGUUCUUCCAGGAUGCUUUCUUAGGGCUAAAGCAAUAGGCCUAAUGCCGAUGAUUGAUCAGGGAGAAAAAGAUGACAAAAUCAUUGCAGUAUGUGCUGAUGAUCCUGAGUAUCGACACUACACUGAUAUCAAGGAGCUUCCUCCACAUCGUUUGGCCGAGAUCCGCCAGUUCUUUGAAGACUACAAGAAAAAUGAGAAGAAGGAAGUUGCAGUAGAGGAUUUUCUGCCAGCCUCAAAAGCCUAUGAAGCAAUUCAGCAUUCAAUGGAUCUCUAUGCAGACGGCAUAAAGGAGACCCUGAGGCGUUAGCUUGUCCUUCAUUCACAAGAUGGUGAACUGUGGAUCAUAUCACAUAGAAAAGAUGCUGACAUUCGACUGAAGGGAUCUCUCUUUUGUUCAUUUUCACUACACUUCACAUUCGGCUGCAUGCACGCACUGGUUUGACAAAUGUGUGCUUAUAUCACAUUUUCUUAUGAAUCAUUUCUUAUAUAGUAUUUGAUGGUGGCGAAAAGUACUACAUUCUUUUACAGUACUGAACAAAGGUUAUACAAAAGUCAAUGCUUUAUAGAGUAUUACAUUUUCUGGUUA